UUUGGAAACCUCCCCGUCCUGUUAGGACAGAAGAGCAGGUUUUUAUUUCUAGAUCUAACUAACAAAGUGAAAUCAUGGCACCGACACGCUGUCUGACUCUGCUCCGGAACAACAGGCGUUUGUGGAGAGCUUUCUUCCGCCCAGGUGUUCAGCUGCACAGGAGCUUGGCGGAUAAGAGCGAUGGCGGUUGGUGGAGCUCUGUGUUUGGACACAAUGUGGAUCCGAGGAAAGAUGCCCACUCCAAUCUGCUGUCCAAGAAAGCGACCAGUGGCCUUUACAAAAUCCAGUUUCACAACGUCAAGCCCGAGUGCUUGGAGGCCUACAAUGAGCUAUCAACGGAGUUUCAGAGAGAGUUGCACAAUGAUCCAGAUUAUCCCUGUGAAGUUGUGGGAAGCUGGAACACAUGGUACGGACAACAGGACCAAGCAGUGCAUCUCUGGAGAUACUAUGGUGGAUAUCCAGCUCUGAUGGAAUGCUUGAACAAACUCAGAGACAGCAAGGCGUAUCUUGCAUUUCGCAAAGAGAGGAAUAAGAUGCUGAUCUCUCGGCAGAACCAGAUUCUUCUCGAGUUCAGCUUCUGGAAUGAUCCUGUACCCCGACCUGGACCGAAUAUAUAUGAGCUGAGAACUUACAGAUUAAAGCCGGGCACGAUGAUAGAAUGGGGAAAUCACUGGGCUCGAGCAAUCAAAUACCGCCAAGAGAACAACGAAGCAGUGGGAGGAUUUUUCACUCAGAUUGGAGAGCUGUAUGUCGUCCACCAUCUCUGGGCGUAUAAAGACCUGCAGUCCAGAGAGGAGACGAGGAACGCGGCGUGGCUGAAAGAGGGCUGGGAUGUCAACGUAUUUUACACAGUACCUUUAAUCCGGAGUAUGGAGUCAAGGAUCUUGAUCCCCACAAACAGCUCACCUCUGCAGUGACCCACAAACUGGCAGUGUGUCUCGGUCACGAUCCUGUAGAUUCUCAUCUCCUCUGAACUGCAAUAUACCUGCAGCUGACAGCUUCAGCUACAAGAACAAUCAAUUACGCCCAAAAUGUAUCUGUUGUAAAAUAUGGAAUGAAAAUGAAUGUUCCUGUGAAUUGAGUUUUUAAUCAAUAUCCAUGUUUACUUUGUAUUAACAUGAAGUACAGCUCGAACAGGGUUACAUAUUGAAGGUAUCUGCUGCAGUCAAAUUCACUGUCUUAUUUUUGCAUAAGAAAUUUGCACAAAUCUUUUUGUAGGCUGCAGCGGAGCAUGGUAAUGUGUGGAGGAAAACACCUCUUCAGUCAACAGUAAAAAUGCUGUGAACAAA